GCUUCAUCAGCUGCUGCAAUUUCACUACAGUUUCUCUAGGAUUUCACAACUGCAAAGGGUUCAUUGGCUCCUCUGCCUUUCAUGAGCCUGUGCUUGGCAGGGCUGUGUGAGAAGAAGGUGGAAGACAGGUAUGUGCCUUUCUCCUGGGUGCAACAGGCCAUGGGAUGAUCAGGCUGUCCUGGGGAAGAGAUCCAGGCAUCCAGUCCUUGCUUUAUCCAGAGACUGAGUUUGUGCAGUUAUUGGAGAUGACCUUCUCUGCUUUUGAGUGUAUUCACUCUGAACUUGUCACCUUAGUGAAAAGUUAAUAGUAUGAAAGUAAUAAUAAGCAAGAAUUCAGUUCAAAUGGAAAAUAUAUGCAUUUUCUGAAGAUUUGUGGGGGUUGAUAGAAGCAUGACAUUAACUUGCAUCUACUCAAUCUGAGCCAGUUCUGUCAGCAAGACUGCAAAGAGGAGUGUCAUAACUUUGCAGCUCAAUAUCAAUUAUUUUUCUUCAAAUGAUUUAAAAUAUGUAAAAGAUGUGCCUAUUUCCUGUGCAAAGAAGAAUUUUUUGUAUCCAAUAUCAGGAUUCAGGUGUGCACAAAACCAGUCAAAAGUAUAAGAGAGAAAGGUGAGGCUUUACAUUUAAUCUUGACUCUGAAUCUUCAGUUACAUAAUUUUGUAUUCCAUUAUCUAAGAUGCACUGUAAUAUCCCUCAUACAUUUUCAUUAAUCUUAUGCAGAGCAUGUGCAACAGCUUGCCAUUUUCCUUCAUUCUGCCUCUUCUCAUUAUUUCCCAUUAGCAUGAUUAUUCACUGUGUUUAUCACCUUUUUGCACCUAGUCUCUCUCUGCCUUGUGAGUGGGCUGAGUCCUCUGUAAGUAGUCCUGUAACCUACAGCAACAGAGGAUCUGGCUCGCAGUACGUUAUUAGGAAAGGGUUGAGAUGUCAUCUUUAAGACCUAUCUUUUGCAGAGGAAGGGUGAGGUGUAAUUAUGACUAAGGCUGUCCUCUUUAAUUUAAUUAAUAAUAGAAUUUAAUAAUUGUGACCAGGCUGUCCUUUUAUGGUCAAAAAAACAGUCUGUACCACUGCAUGGCUCUGACUUGUUCCCGUGCUGCUCGCCCUCCCUCAAACACCCUGCAGGACCUCUAGAAGGACCUCUAAGCACGAUCCCCAUUCUCUGUUUCCCAGUUUGGAAAGGAACAGCCUGGAAGGCAUUUCAGUAUCCAUUUCCACUGGCAACUCAUCAAUUGAUCCCAGAUUAUCUGUCUGUGCAGCAAGUGUUAAAUGUGCACAGUUCUUGUUCUUCCUCACUGUGUCACCAAUACCUCCCAUGGCCAAGUUAGGGCAAAUGACAACUUAGUCACUAUAGAACAUCCAUCUGUGAAAGAUUUGCCACCAGGAGUGCAACAUAUUUAAGCUGCAUCUCACUUAUGAGGCAGAUCAGUGUGCUCUCAGAACCUAGAGGCUCAAGCUGCCCUUAGUUACACCUGAUUCCCUGCACUGCCAGGAAGGGGCAGGUGGCACUCGGGUACAGAGGGACCUCAGGCAGCAGCCGGGCUGGGGAGGCUGCACGUACCAACGGGUGUUCACUGCUGGCUGGGACUGGCCAGCUCUGAUUCCAGCUGUGGCUUACUGUGCAAUGCCCAGCGCCUUCUCUGUGUGUUUAUCUAGCAAUGGGAAAAAGUAAAAUGGUUUGGAAAGGUAGUGACUUGAGAAGCAAAAUGUACUCACAUAUUUAAAGACAAAUUUUGAGUUGGUACAGAAUCUGAGUUUGUCUGUUCACUGCCGGUUUGCAGCAGUGAGGAGCCAGCCCAGAGGCACACAUUCUGAGAGCUCACAGAAGACAUAAGAACCUUUUAAAAUCAAUUUUUGAUAACUUUUUUCCCUUUCCACUGUUGUAAAGCUGCUGUUUCUUUUUUAUUUCUCCGGAGAAGAAAAGAAGACAAAAAAUUACCAUCUCUGGUAACUUGUAUCAUUGCAUUCCUAGUCUCCAUGGAAACCUAUGUGGUGCUCCACAGUUGAGAAGAAAUACAUCCCCAAACUGGUUUCCUCUGAAAAGAUGUGGUAACUUCAUCUACCUGCUGCUUCUUUACUCCAAGCUUUAUGAACUGGAACACAAAGGCACAUCAUCUUACUGGGACAGCAGAAGGUGACACAGAGAAGUAAUAUACAGAGAGAGACCAAUCUUUUUUGUGACCACAGUCAACCCAUGAAGAGUGAGGGCUUUCAGCCACCUAAAAGUAUUUACUGCAUUUGCUUCAGAAUACUGUGGAGAAAAUGUAUGCAAGUCGAGAGGACAUUGGAUAUGAUUUUGGAGAUGACUCCAAAGUUGGAAGUAAGCCAAUUAAACCUAAUCCAAACAUCGAUGGAGGAUGGGCUUGGAUGAUUGUAUUUUCCUCUUUCCUUGUGCACAUACUCAUCAUGGGCUCCCAAAUGGCUCUUGGAAUACUCAACAUGGAAUGGCUUGAAGAGUUUAAUCAAAGUCGUGGCUUAACAGCGUGGGUUAGCUCCCUCAGCAUGGGCAUCACGCUUAUUGUAGGUCCUUUUAUUGGUUUGUUCAUCAGCAUGUGUGGGUGCCGCAUGACAGCCAUAAUUGGAGGGAUCCUGAAUGCCCUGGGUUGGAUACUGAGUGCCUAUGCCUCAAAUGUGCACUACCUCUUCCUCACCUUUGGAGUGACAGCUGGUAUUGGAAGUGGCAUGGUUUAUCUGCCUGCAGUGGUCAUGGUAGGGCAAUAUUUUCAGAACAGAAGAGCACUUGCACAAGGGCUCAGUACCACGGGAACGGGGUUUGGAGCUUUCUUAAUGACUGCCUUACUGAAGUACCUCUGCACUGAAUUUGGGUGGAGGAAUGCAAUGUUCAUCCAGGGGGCCAUUUCCCUGAACCUCUGUGUCUGUGGGGCACUCAUGAGACCACUCUCUCCCAAAGAGCUCCGUGAAAAAUAUGUGGUGGGAAAUGAUAGCGAAGAAAAUCGGGCAAAAGCUCUGUCCCAAUCUACAGAGACUAUAAAAUCUAAUGGAGUCCUUGGUGAAGAACCAGAGAAAAAAGAAGAGGCAGCAAAUGAAGAAGUGCUUGGCAGUGUGCAGCACAUAGAAAUCGGAGGUAAAUCUGGAAGUGAAAGGAGCAUGUAUGGACUGCGCCUCUUUAAGACAGUGAGCCAGCUGACAGUCACAGUCAGGAAGGGCUUUGCACUCUGGUACUCCAGCUACUUUGGAGCUGCAUCACUGUUUACCAAUAGAGUAUUUGUGGCCUUUAUCAUUUGGGCUUUGUUUGCCUAUAGCAGCUUUGUCAUUCCCUUUAUUCACCUUCCAGAAAUAGUCAAGCAGUACAAAUUAUCUAGGCAGGACAAUGUAUUUCCUUUGACAUCCAUUAUAGCCAUUGUUCAUAUUUUUGGUAAAGUGAUCCUUGGAAUCAUCUCUGAUCUGCCAUGCAUCAGCACAUGGAAUGUCUUCCUCAUGGCUAACUUUACCCUGGUCACCUGCAUUCUUACUUUGCCACUAAUGCAGACAUACAUUGGCCUGGCUGUGGUUUGUGCUCUAAUAGGAUUUUCUAGUGGCUAUUUUUCUCUAAUGCCUGUUGUGACUGAAGAUUUAGUUGGAACUAAACACCUUGCAAAUGCCUAUGGCAUCAUCAUUUGUGCCAAUGGAAUAUCUGCUUUGUUUGGACCACCUUUUGCAGGUUGGAUCUAUGACAUCACACAAAAAUACGAUUUUUCUUUUUACAUAGCUGGAUUGCUAUACAUGGUGGGAAUAAUAUUUUUACUUAUACAACCUUGUAUUCAAAAGAAACAGUCAAGAGAAAAAUCUACAGAAGAAGCACAAGUGUAGAACAAAUUCCAGAACUUUUUUACAGAAAUUUUUUUGUUUUGUGUUUCUCUUGUGUGGCAGUAUGAAGAUGUUUUUCUUAUAGAACCAACCACAUUUAGCUGCUCUGCACUUAAGUGAAAAGCAAAUAUACUCCAUAAGGCUUAUAAAUUAUUGGAAAUGUGCUUUUAAAAUUGGUUAAGAUAUUUUUUACUUUAGAACUACCAAAUACAGUGAUUAAAAGCACACUGCUAGUAUGUCAAUGUUAGAACAAUGCUAAGAAUACUUACCCUUGCUUCUCUUUUGAUAUUUCACCAUUAACCAUUGGUGAAAAUCCACUGACUGCAGUGCAGUUACUCUGAUUUACACUAGUCCUGUGAGAGAAUUUGGUCAGGACAUGAAUGAUUUAUAAAAGUCCUUUCUACUAUGUAUUCAAUCUGAUGAAAGAUUAGUUACUGGGUAUUAGAUAAUGAUUGUAUUUCUUGCCUGGCUACCUAAGUACUGUUGAAAUGCUACUAUAAUAAUUCCACUAAUUCAGCUUACUAAAAUUACUAUUUCUGUGAUGCAAAUCUGAAGAAAAGUUCUCAUAUAUUUCUGAAAUUAUUCAGUUGGACUCAAUAGGUCCCUCCCAACCCAGUAUAUUCUGUGAUUCUACUUCAGUGAUUUUUAAUUUUGUUUUUUCAAAGUAUCAACUGCAUUUGAAGUAGCUAUCCUCAAUAACUAGGCUGCAGUUUAAACACUGUGACAUUUAAUGCACCUGAAGUAAAAAACCCAUAAAUGAAGAAACAGGAAACAUAUGGAAAAUGUUUCCAGAAACAGUUUGAGUUCUUUGGCCCCUUUACCUAAUUAGAGUUAUUGUAGAAUUUAAUAAAAUUACCACUGACUCUUUCCAUGGGAAUGAACUCUACUACAGCACACUAAAUUUUGUUAUAAUUUAAUUUAAUUGUUCACCAACUUUGUUACAUAUGAGCAGUCGUGUUGCUGCUUGUAAUGUACCAUGAACUGACUAAGAUUCAUCAUGUUUGGGAAAUUUAUUCUCUAGAAAAUGAGAUACUGCAGAGCAUGGAAUAGCUAAAGAGCAUUUAAAAUAUUAAAAUAAAUUUUCUUAACAUUAAGGGUCUGGUAACCAGUGCAGAAGGUGAUGUAUGGUGGUUGAGGGUUUAUUUUUUUCAGCUUUGAGAAGUGAGUCUGAUGUUAAUUUUUCUAUCAAAUAAGAGCCACUGUAAGUUUUCCUCCUCUUAGCUUUAUCAAAGUUCUUUGCAUGACGAAUCAGGUUCUUAGGUUAAUAUUUCUACGUGUUGCUGGAAUUCCUUAAAAAGCAAUUGAAACUGUUCAAUUAUAUUGAAGAACUAUUGGGAAACAGCUCAGUACACAACAAUAUCAAUAUCCUUAUCUUCUUUAUAGCUGCAAGGUUGGUUAAAAAAGUUCUGAAUGUGUAUUGUUCCAUAUUGCAAUUCACCAGCUUCUUAGUGUUGCACUUCUACAACUCUUGUCAGGGACAUACUUUAAAGUAUUCCUUAAAGAUCACUGAAGUGAGCCAAGUUAAAAAUAAAACCUUAAGAAACCCUGAAUUAUUUUAAGAUUUACAUCAGUACAAUCAUGUAGGGUAGUUAUGUAUGGCCUUUAAAAUUCACAUAAGACAACUGAGGUGGCACUGAACUGCAACACACGGAGUGAACACACAGUCAGUAACUUCUGAAAAUCAGCUUUUGUUAUUGGAGAGAAUGUGCACGUAAAAUUUCACAUCAGUUCUUUGUUACAGGUUAAAUGUCUUCUUGGUGGGAAUGCUGCUGAUGGCUCAUUUGAUCUGAGCUUUUUUUGUUUUUGAAAGAUAUGUAUCCUUCAUACAUAGAUCUUCACUUUGUCUUUUGUCAAAAGCAAUGGUAUUUGCAUAAUACAGUAAUGAAAAAUAUGUUCUUCACUUGUGGUAUCUGCAAUAGAUCUUUUAAUAGAGGUUCUUACAGGGCCACGUGUUGGGAAUAAACUUACAUUAUCCAAAAA